AUGAACAUCAUAGACCAACUCAACCAGUCAAAGCAACUGGUCCAAAGAGACCCCAAAACUCUACCUACGGUCCUCAAAAUCAUCAUCCCAAUUGCAACUCAACAACCUUCAUCCAAUGACCUAUCAAUUCAUCAAUGGUGUUCACAAUUCUUUAACGAUAUAACCUCCCCGGCUAAUAAAGAUUUCUCAUUCCAUCAAAGGCAAGAAACUUCAUCCAUGAUCCUACCUGCUUUGAUCCAUCUUUCCAAGAUUAAUGAUGUCUUGAUCUUCAAAAAUGUUGUCCUAACUUCCACAAAUAUUUAUGAUUGUAUAUUUGAUCUUGUUGCUAAAACUUCAAAUUCUUUAAUUUGGCAAGAUUUUGAUCAUUUGAAGCAAACAAUCAUUGCUGCUUGGUCUUCGACCUAUCCAUUGGUCCCAUCAAAUGAUUCAAGUUUGGAUGAAUCAAGAUCAAUUGGUGUGAAGUUGACUAUAUUGAAAUUUAUUUCCAAAAUUAUAAUUAUCCAAACUUCAAAUAUAGUUUCCAAGGAUCCAAGAAGGUCAAAUAAUAAUAAUAGCAAUGAAAUAUCAAUUGCCAAUGUUAAUGAAAAUCAUACAGUUAUUAAUAAGAAUGUCUUGGAUGCUGAAGCUAAAGGUUUAUUAGAUUUAUUAAUCAAUUAUUUAAAUGAUGAAGAAUUUUUAAUCCCACAAAAAUUUAUUGGUAUUUUCAAUGCACUUGUUAUAAUUUUACAGAAAAGAUUCCAACUUUUCAAUACAAAGAUUUUAAAUUCAAUUAUAUCAUUCAAUACCUCCAAUAAAUAUCAAUUUUCAAAUGAUUCAAAUUUAAAAUUUAAAUUAAUGAAAAGAUUUAUGAAUCGUUAUUUGAAAAAUUUAUUAAAUUAUUUAACAAAAUCAAAUUUAUUAUCACAACAAUCUCCAAUAUACAACAAGGCCACCAAUUUAAUCAAUGAAAUCAAUUCAUCAAUGGAUAUAACAAGGAAAAGAGGUUUAUUAAAUGAAUCAAUUGAAUCAAACAAAAAAAUCAAAUUAGAAAACCCCCCAUUACAACCUUCUACAAAUUCAUUAAUCACAAAUGAUAAUCAAUAUUCAUCAUUAUACACAUUAAUUGAAUCAAAUAAUGAAUUACGCAAUUUUGAUGUCUCACAAAUCCCUUUGAAAACUUUAUCAAACAUUGCCAUCGCAACGUUAUUAAACGUUGAUAUGAAUUCAUUAAUCAGUGCACUAAGUAUUGUUUCUGCUCGUUAUGCAGAUUUAAUCAACAAGACACCACCACCACCACCACCUCCCUCAUCUACCUCCAUCCCAGAAGUUAAAGAACCAAUUGAUGAUACAGAAAAAGAUGACCAAGACAAUAACCAAAUCCUCGAGAUGGACAACAUAGAAUCAACAUACAUCCUCCCACAACCAUCCCCUUUAUCAAUCCAGGACAAGAAAACCCACCUCAACCUAAUUAUUGAAAACUUCUACAAACUAUCCAACACCACCACCACUUCCACCACCACCUCCAACACACCAGACACAUCCCACAAACUAAACAAAAUCGCCAUAACACAAUGGGACUCCAAAUCCUGGCUAACCAUCCUCACCCGCCUCGCCACACGCGGACUAUCCCAACAUCCCCAAUACGCUGACCUCAUUCGUGAAUCCAUCUUCCAGUACUUUCUUGCAAACAUCCAUGACCGGAUCGAUAUAGUGAUUGAGUGGCUCAAUGAAGAAUGGUUCACAGAGUUCAUCACAGACCGCAAGACACCAACGUAUUUGCAGUGGUGUGAGAAGUUGAUGGAUACGUUGAUCCCGUUUUUGGAGAUGGGGGAUAGACGAAUUUUCAUCAGGUUGUUGAGUGAGGUGCCCUACUUGAAUGCAGAGCUCGUGGGGAAGUUGAAGUCGUUGUGUAUAGAUCCUGAGAGGAGUGCACUUGGUUUCCAGAGUUUGCAGUUUUUGGUGAUUUAUAAACCACCGGUGAAGGAGGUGUGUUUGGAGAUACUAAAGGAUUUUUAUGAGAAUAAUGAGGAUUUGAAAGAACGGGCGUUGGGGUUGUUGAAGAAGUAUUUGCCUGAGGAGUAUAGUUAG